AUGGGAGAUGCGUUAUGGGCUUAUAGGACCACUUACAAGACCCCAAUCGAAAUGAGCCCCUUUCGUAUUGUUUUUGGGAAGCCUUGCCAUCUUCCAGUUGAAAUCCAACAUAGAGCUUAUUGGGCUGUGAAGAAUUGUAAUCUAGAGUUGAAGGGGGCGGGAAUGGAAAGUAAGCUCCAAUUGGAGGAAUUGGAAUGUCUUAGAUUAGAAGCAUAUGAGAAUGCUCAGUUCUACAAGGAAAAAGCCAAGACAUUCCAUGACCAAAAUAAUAGGAGGAAGAGCUUUAAGAUAGGUGAUGAGGUGCUCGUGUACAAUUCAAGAUUGCGAUUGAUGCUCGAAAAGUUGAGAUCUAGGUGGGACGGUCCGUUUAAGGUGGUGGAUGUCAAGCCUUAUGGAGUAGUGGAAGUGAUUCACCUUAUCAAUGGGAUCAAGUUCAAAAUCAAUGGUCAUAGGGUGAAACUCUAUCACACUCAAGCAAAGAAUGCCAAGGAGUUGGAGGUUUUCCUCCUUGGAGAAGUUCCUAAGUGA